UGGCUCAGUGCAUCUAAAUGUGAUUUUUCUGGCACCGUGGGUGCUAAAUCUGAAGUACCUUGCAAAAGAAUUCGACAUGGGCGGCGGCGGCAAAGACAAGGGGAAAGGAAAGGGGAGCUCCAACCGAAAGCCCCGAGGGGGGCGCGGAGGCACCCACCCUUGGAUCAACUCCCAGAUCAUCCAGGCGUCGGAGAGCAAAGAUGUGGGGCACCUGAUGAACGUGAUCAUGCAGCACUUGCCCCAGAUGAAUCUGGUGAACCUCUCCACGGCCAUCCACCGUGUGGCGAAGAUUGCGGGCACGGACCCCUGGCAGCAGGGCCAACUGCGGCGUAACGCCAACUUAGAGGCCCUGCUGAAUAGCGUCUGCACCGCGCUAAAUGUGGUGGAGGCUACGGAGGUCCAGCCACAGUCCGUCAGCAAUGUGGUGUGGUCCUUGGCUACCCUGAGGAUUGUCCACAGGCCGCUGCUGCAAGUGAUCUCUCUGGUUUGUGUGUCGAACAUGGCUCAGUUUAAGAGCUUCGAGCUGUCGACCACCUUGUGGGCCCUAGCCAAGCUGGGCUCUUUGGAGGAUGCGGCCCCAGUAGACAAGGCAGUAUUUUAUGCCGCGGCCACGCACAUCCACAACAACGUGAACGAGUUUGGGUUCCGGUGCUUGGCCACGACCGCCUGGGCCUUCGCCACGGCCAGGCAGCGCCACGCGCGGCUUUUCCGCAGCAUGGCCGCGGCGAUGCUUCCGGCGGCGGCAGGGGCCAACUGCCAGGAAAUGGCCAACACAGCCUGGGCCUUCGGAACUGCGGACUUCCACGACGAUGCGCUGUUUCAUGAGCUUGCGGAGCAGGCGAUGCAUCGCCUCGAGGAAUUCAAGCCGCAGGAGAUCUCCAAUAUGCUCUGGGGAUUUGCAACCAACAGCUUCUUCCACGAGGCCUUCUACGCGCGAGCGAGCCAAGUGGCGCAGAAGAUGGACCUGCAGUCUCAGCACUUGGCCAACAUUCUCUGGGCGUUCGCUCGUGUGAGGCCAAAGCACCCGCUGACGCUGCAGACGGUGCUCAGUCUGUUGCCGCUGUGUACGCAGCAGCUGCAGACCUUCAAGCCUCAGGAAGUUUCUUCAACUCUGCUGGCGACAGCCAAGGCGGUGGGCAAUGCUGAUGACAUGGCCCCCAUGUCGGCCACGCUGGACAACUUCCGCCAGGAGGUCUUAGACUUCUUCCACGCGUGUCUGCCCUGGGUGGUGGCGCGACUGCGGGACUUCUCGGAGCAGUCUCUGGCAAACUCCGUG